CCGUGUAGGAAAAGAAGUAAUAUUGUUUCUUUGCUUAAAUGCACUGCAAGUUCAUUGUAAAGGGAUUUUUGAGCUUCAGAAUGCAAAGGAAAUAGGAAGACUUCUGCUUUUAAAGACAGAUGAAAAUGGAGACUUAAUAUGUAAAACAAAUGAAGAUUGCAAAUAUCCUUAUAAGUGUAAAGCCAUUCUUGGAAUGGAUGAAAAAAUCUGCAUUGAAGCAGAAUGCGAAAAACCCGAGGAUUGUGAAUACCCCCUUAAAUGUGAGGAAGUUAUUCAUGUGCCAGGAAAAUACUGUAUUCGGCAACAAUGCGAAAACCAUGAAGAAUGUGAAUUCCCAUUAAAAUGUGAUUCCGUUCCCGAACUUCAUGGAAAAUUUUGCAUUCGUAAACAGUGCUCGGAUGAUAAUGAUUGCAUAUAUCCUCUGAAGUGUAUUGAUCAUAAAAAUGGAGAAGGACAUGUGUGUUCAAAAUGCAAUUGUGCACCAACCCAAGAGUGCUUCGUAAAUGCGCGUAAAGAACCUGCUUGUAGGUGUCUUUCUUAUGAAAUAGAAUUCAAGGUAGAUGGCGUUAAAACGUGUGUUGAUUGUAAUUGCGCACCAACACAAGAAUGCUUCCUAAAUAUGCGAAAAGAACCUGAUUGUAGGUGCCCUUCUGAACAAACUGAAUUCAAGGUAGAUGGCGUUAAAACCUGUGUUGAAUGCAAUUGCCCACCAACCCAAGAGUGCUUCGUAAAUGCGCGUAAAGAAGGUGCUUGUAGGUGUCCUUCUUAUCAAACUGAGUUCACGGUAGACGGCGUGAAAACGUGUGUUGAUUGUAAUUGCGUACCAACACAAGAGUGCUUCAUAAAUACGCGAAAAGAACCUGAUUGUAGGUGUCCUUCUAGUAAAACUGAAUUCACCAUAGAUGGCGUUAAAACGUGUGUUGAAUGCAAUUGUGCUCAAACACAAGUGUGCUUCCUAAAUGAUCAAAAGGAAGCAGAUUGUAGGUGUCCGUCUGGUAAAACUGAAUUCAACGUGGAUGGCGUUAAAACAUGUGUUGAAUGCAAUUGCGCACCGACACAAGAGUGCUUCGUAAAUGACCAAAAAGCAGCUGAUUGUAGAUGUCCUUCUGGAAAAACUGAAUUCGAGGUAUAUGGCGUUAAAAAAUGCUUUGAUUGUUAUUGCGGUGAAAAUUCAAAUUCCUGUUACUUUGACUGGAAGGGGAAUAAAAUAUGCAAUUGCUCUCACGGAUAUGCUGAAAAUCAUGAACACUGCGAUGAAUGCAAUUGUGGUCCUUAUGGUUCGUGUAGUUUCCAGUAUGGGCGAAAGCAUUGCGAUUGCAUAUCAGGAAAAUUUGAAAAGAAUGGAAUGUGCGUUGACUGUCAAUGUGGGAUUUACUCAUAUUCUUGCUUUCUGGAUUCGGAAACCAACAAAGUAUGUAAUUGUUACUUUGGAUAUUCUCAACUUGGUGGAUUAUGCGAAGAAUGCAAUUGUGGACCUUAUGGUACAUGCAGUUUUGAAUAUGGUCGGAAGAAAUGUAACUGCAGAUCGUUCGCAACUGAAAUGAAUGGAGUAUGUGUAGAAAUGGAUACCUCAUCAAAAGGUACAACCGAUUCUUUAAUUAUGUCAACAAUUCUCUCAUCAACUGUACAGGAAUGCGAUUGUGGCGAAAAUUCAAAAUCUUGUCGUUUUGAUUGGAAGGGUAAAAAAAUAUGCGACUGCAUUUCUGGAUAUGCUCAGAUUGACGAAUUUUGUAAAGAGUGCAACUGUGGUGUAAAUGUAGAAUCAUGCUUCUUUAGAAGGAAUGGAACAAAAGCAUGCCACUGUGAUUUUGGAUACAUUCAAAUCAACGGACAUUGUGCUGCCAUAUGCAAUGAAGAUAAAUGUGUACAUGGAAAAUGCGAAGUAAUCGAUAAUGACUUUAACUGCAGAUGCACUGAAGGUUACACUGGCCGUAGAUGUGAAGAGAAAAUUGAAGAUAAAAAUAAAAAGCAGGAACUAUGGAGGAUCUUGCAAGUUUCCUUGAUAUUUGGCAUCUUUGUGUUGCUUUCUGGAAUGCUUUGCAUUUUGAUUUCCAAAAAAUCCAAAAAAUAAGAACUGAUUCGAAACUAUUUCUUCCCUCUAGAAAUGAACUGAGAAGAAUUUCCUUCACUCAAUACAAGCACUAUAUAAAAGAAGAGUUUCCAUUUUUUAGAUACCAUAUAUUAUGUUGUUUAAAAAGAAACAAAUAAAACCUUAA